AUGGCGUCCAACGCCUCAGUCACGGACCUAACAGCGUGCAAAUCAGAAAGCACACCCAACCCCGAGGAUGGUGUUCCAUUUUCAUAUGGAAAUCUCCAUGUGGGCGAGACUUAUCUCAAACUGAAUAAGAAGCUCUUCAAAAUCCCGCCUGAUGCAAAGAAAGAACCGCCGUUAGAAGGGGAUGUGUUUCGCGUUCUAAGCAAGCAAGGUGGUCGGCUGGUUCUUGAGCGAGAGUAUUCAUAUGUUUCCAAGGGCGGAACGGCUGUAAGGCGUUUCGAGGUUGAAGCCAUGAAGCUGGUGGCGAAACACACCUCCGUCCCUCUUCCCGAAGUUAUCUACAGCCUCAUCGAUGAUCACAGUGGUGAGAUCGGGAUGACAACUAUUCCAGGUACUACACUGGAAAGCCUGUGGGAUAAGCUGAAUGAUGAAACAAAAAAGUCUAUAUGCCAUGAAACAUGGGAUCAAAUCGCCAAACUCCGAGAAAUCCCCCAACCACCUGCCCUGAAACCUUUCUUCCAGUGCCUCGCUGACGGCUCGCCAACUCUUGAUGCUCUAAUUGAAGACCUGGACCGCUCUGGAACACCUCUAUAUACAGACGAAGAUGUCAGAACCCGGAUAUACCGCCGCUAUCUCCAUUUCGGCGGCCUGCGAUAUAAAAAUGAGCUACCGGACAUGCUCCCUCGAUCAUCACGGACUGUAUUCACACACGCUGACAUCGCCCCGCGAAACAUCAUGGUUGACGACAAUUAUCACAUCACUGGUAUCCUCGACUGGGAGUAUGCCGGCUGGUAUCCUGAUUAUUGGGAGUACGCGCAGAUCAUGAGGCCCGCUUGCCGGACGGGCGAUUGGCAGAAAUGGAUGGGUCUCACUGCGCCUCAAAAAUGGGAUAUCUCGGGAAUAGCAGCCGCGAGACGGGUUCUAUUUUGA